GAGAGGAGAGCAUCUGGUGAUAUCCAACUGCAGGCUCGUCCACUUGCAGCAGGAGCAGAGAUGAGCCACGGGCGAGUUGUUGAUUUCCGAGAGGGGGCUCGAUCGUCUCAUUUCUUGAUGUGACGACGACCGACGCGACGUUCGCAGGAUGGCCGCGAGUGGGUGUAAAGGACGACUUUUAUCUUUUUUGGACUACAAAACGGAAAAAUACAUAGUGGCCAAAAACAAAAAAGUUGGAAUUUUGUACAGACUCAUCCAGUUAUCUAUCAUCGGUUACAUUAUAGGGUGGGUUUUCUUAAGCAAGAAGGGCUACCAGGAGAAAGACGAGGCCAUACAGAGCACAGUGAUUACUAAACUGAAGGGGGUCUCGGUGACCAACACCACCGAGUCGGGUGUGCUGGUGUGGGGGCCGGAGGACUAUGUCAUCCCACCACAGGGUGAAGCUGUUCUUUUUGUUGUCACUAAUUUCCUAGAGACCCCCAAUCAGAAGAUUGGAUACUGUGCUGAGAGCCCCAAAGUCCUGGAUGGACACUGUCAGGAGGACGAGGAUUGUGAAGAAGGAAAGCUAGUGGUGGCUGGUCAUGGAAUCAUGAGUGGACAAUGCUUACGCAGGAGUGAAAACCCCAGUGGAACCUGUGAAAUCUUUGGCUGGUGUCCUGUUGAAAGAAAGUUCAAACCAAAAUCUCUGCUGACGAACGCGGAAAACUUCACCAUCUACAUCAAGAAUUUCAUACACUUUCCCAAAUUCCAAUUUUCCAAGUCCAACAUUCUGGAGACAGCAGAUGUGUCCUAUCUGAAAUGCAGAUACGAUGAAAAGCUCCAUCCUUACUGCCCCAUCUUUCGCCUUGGAGACAUCACCGCACGAGCAGGAUACAACUUCAAUGACAUGGCAACAUUUGGUGGCUCCAUUGGCAUUCAGAUCCAGUGGGACUGUGACCUUGACAAAGGUUACUCUGAGUGUCACCCACAGUAUCAAUUCAGUCGCCAGGACAUCACCGCCUCCAACAAGACCAUUGCAAUGGGAUUCAACUUUAGACACACUCGCUAUUAUAAAAACGCAGCAGGCGAGAGUUACCGAUCCCUAUACAAAGUCUACGGAGUCCGAUUUAACAUCAUGGUGAAUGGGAGGGCUGGAAUGUUCAAUAUUGUCCCGACAGCCAUCAGUGUCGGUUCAGGUUUAGCUUUAAUGGGCGCAGGAGUGUUCUUCUGUGACAUGAUCCUUCUCUACAUCAUGAAGAACGGCACCGCCUAUCGGGAGAGAAAGUUUGAAGGGUCCAAGUAUGUGCUUCUAAUACUUUCAGACCACUGA